UAAACAUGGCGACCAAAACCUUGCAUCACGCCAUUAAAUCUGCUCUUAAAACUACAAUUAACUUCUCAAUAUUAGAAGCCCAUCUCGCAAAGUGCCAAACUUUGUGCCAAUUCAAUGAACUUUUCUGUCAAACAAUCUUCACCGGUCUAAUUAAAGACGCAUACGCAGCGAGCAGAAUCCUUCAAUUUUGCACCAGUGGGUCAUUCGUUAAUCUCGAUUACUCGCGUCGAAUAUUUGAUCAUCUUGAGAACUCAAAUGGGUUCAUUUGGAAUACAAUGAUGAAAGCUUAUUUGAGCAGAAAUAUGCAUCAGAAUGUGAUAUGUCUGUAUAAAAACAUGCGAUAUUGUAAUAUUAGUCCUGACAAUUACACUUAUCCAAUUCUUAUUCAAAGUUGUUCUCUUCAAUUAUUACAAUUACAAGGGAGAGAUAUUCAUGGUCAUGCAUUGAAGAUGGGUUUUCGUUCCGGUGUCUAUGUGACGAAUACAUUGAUCAACAUGUAUGCGGUCUGUGAUUGUAUUGAAGAUGCUCGUCAGGUGUUUGAUGAAAGUCCUGUGUUGGAUUCAGUCUCAUGGAAUUCAAUUUUGACAGGGUAUGUUCAGAGUGGAAAUUUAGCGGUAGCCAAAGAGAUAUAUAGACUAAUGCCUGAAAGGAAUAUAGUUGCCACAAAUUCUUUGAUUGUUUUGUUUGGUAGGUUGGGACACGUGUUCGAGGCACGCCAGCUGUUUUAUGAAAUGAGAGAGAGGGAUAAGUUUUCAUGGAGUGCUUUGAUCUCAUGUUAUGAGCAAAACGAGUUUCACCAAGAGGCGUUAUCUCUAUUCGAGGAGAUGCUGGCUGCUGGAGUUCUCUUAGAUGAAGUUGUGCUAUUAAGUGUUAUUUCUGCUUGUACUCACUUGUCUGCUAUUCGGGAAGGAAGGUUAAUUCAUGGUUUGGCUGUCAAAAUAGGGGUUGAUUCCUAUAUUAAUCUAGAGAAUGCUUGCAUUCACCUGUAUGCUCGAUGUGGGGAUAUAAUGGCUGCUGAGAAACUAUUCCAUAGCAGCCGCAAGUUGGACCAAGUAUCCUGGAACUCGAUGAUAUCUGGGUACAUGAAGUCUGGUUUUGUGGAUAAGGCUAAAUCAUUGUUUGACACCUUUCCUGAUAGGGAUGUAGUGACUUGGAGUGCAAUGAUUUCCGGCUAUGCUCAACAUAACCAUUUUUUUGAGGCCUUGAAACUGUUCAAAAAGAUGCAACAAGAAGGUAUUAAUCCUGAUGAAGCCGUGCUAGCAAGUGUCAUUUCAGCCUGCACCAACUUAGCUGCACUGGAUCAAGGCAAGUGGGUGCAUUCUUACAUAAGAGAAAACGGGUUAAAAGUUGAUGGAAUUCUUGGGACAACUCUGAUAGACAUGUAUAUGAAAUGUGGAUGUGUAGAAAUUGCAAUAGAGGUGUUCCAUGAAAUGGAAGAAAAGAGGGUUUCUGCAUGGAAUGCUAUCAUUUUUGGUUUCGCCAUGAACGGGUUUGCUGAGAGGGGGCUUGAGGUGUUCUCUGAGAUGAAAAGACGUGGAGUUAUUCCCAAUGAGAUGACUUUUAUUGGAGUACUCGGAGCUUGUCGUCACAUGGGAUUAGUAGAUGAGGGUCAACACCACUUUGAUUCCAUGGUGAGAGAGCACAACAUAAAACCCAAUGUAAAGCACUAUGGAUGCAUGGUUGAUCUUCUUGGACGCGCAGGUUUUCUUAAAGAAGCAGAGCAACUCAUAAUGAGUAUGCCAAUGAAACCUGAAGUCACCACUUGGGGUGCACUGCUUGGUGCUUGCAAAAAACACGGGGACUACAAUAUGGGAGAACGGGUUGGACGGAAGCUCAUUGAGCUGCAUCCUGAGAAUGAGGGGUUUUGCAUGAUGAUGUCCAAUAUAUGUGCCUCCAAAGGUGAUUGGAAUGAUGUACUUGAGAUCUGGCGGAAAAUGGGACAAUAUGGAACAGAAAAGACUCCAGGAUGGAGUUUAAUUGAAGGCAAUAAUGGCUAUUUUUGAUUUUCAGGCAGGAUAUUUGACGUGUCUUGUGUGACCAGCAAGAUUGAACAUGAAGAGAAUAAGAAACUAGAAAGCUAUGCUAUAAAACAAGACAAUAGGAGGGAUUGCUUUCAAAAUGUGAACUCGAAAGCCAUGACUUACAGAAACUUUGAUCGAUAGACAACAGCAUAAGAAAGUAAGAAAAUGCUUUCUGCUGAAAUCCUGAGAAGCCUGGAAAUAAGGCUGCCGUGGAGAUCAAGGCCAGGCACUCGGUGAAGCACAGAAAACUGUUAGGAUAAAGAACUUGAAACGAGGA